GUGACACUGCUCUCAAUCUAAUAGCUUGAGAGCCAGCCGGCGAAUCAGAGAGGAGGGCGGCGCGGGGCUGAAAAAGUGUGCGACUUCUCGUGUCCGUUCAUCCGCCCUAUAGCAUCAUCAAAGCCAUGACCGAAAAACUGAUCACGCCCUCCACGCUAAUCACCGCUACAGAAAAUACCAGAAUAAACAACGCCUCCGAAGGCACGGAACUGAGCUAUGUUGAGGAAUUCGACGACAUCUUGGAGGUGGUGGGGUCGUUUGGCCGCUAUCAGAAGUGGCUGCUCCUCCUCAUCUUUAUGCCAGUUUCCUUCUUCACCGCCUUCACGUCAAAUUUGUUCCUGUUCCAAAUGGUGUUGCCGGACCACUGGUGCCACGUCCCGGGCCGCGAGAACACCUCCCUCAGCGUGACCGCGUGGCACAACCUGACCCGCCCAAGAUCCAGCGACACGGGCGAGCCAUCGAACUGCCUGAUGCGUGACAUUCAGUGGACGUCAUACAACGGUACACUCAGCUAUAAAGUCACCAACCGGACCAAAGAGUGCACCGACGGGUGGGAGUUCGACACAACGCAGUUCUCGACUACGGUGGCCACAACGCAGGGCUGGGUGUGUGAGCGAGGCCACUACUCCUACUACACCCUCUCCACGUCCAUGGCCGGUAACGCUGUGGGCACCUUCCUCCUUCCGCUGCUCGCCGACAAGUAUGUCGGGCGGCGGAGAAUGUUCUUCGUGGCUCUGACCAUCCACAUCGUGUUCACUAUCCCCGUCAUCUGUAUGCAGGGAGCGGUGGCGCACAUGUUCUUCAGGUUCCUGCAGGGCCUGGCCUAUGAGACGAACUACCUCAUGCCCUACAUUAUUUUUAUGGAGGUGAUACCAUCAGAGCGCCGCGCCCUGGCCGUCAUGCUGUCCUUUAUUGCAUGGACCUUCGGGAUGUGCUCCACAGCACUUGUGGCUUGGCUUGUACCUAACUGGCGGUACCUCUCCGUCAUAUCCCUCGUUCCCUCUCUGCUCGGUUUCAUUUACUGGAAGUACCUUCCUGAAUCUCCUCGGUGGCUGCUGGCUAAAGGAAAGGUGGUGCCGUGUGCAGACAUCCUUCUCCAGAUUGGUGCAGUCAAUGGGGCAUCGAAGGUGUCGCGCGUCGAGGUGGAGGCUCAGCUCCGCGUGUUGGUGCGACGGCAGCCCGUGGACCAGCCCUUCACCGCCAUGCUGGCAUACCCAAGGCUCACCACCAGGGCCAUCAUGCUCUUCAUCAUGUCCUUCCUGCAGUUCGUGGUGUACACCGUCGCCAUGCUGAGUAUGACUGUGCUGUCCAAUAGCUUCCUGGCGCACUUCGUCCUCUCCGUCUUUGAGCUGCCGAGUAACUUUUUGAGCUGGGGUCUGAUCCACUACUUCGGGCGUCGCUUCAUGGCUUACAUUACCUUUCUCCUGCUGGCUGUGUCCUGUUUCGCAGCACCGUUCUGCAUCCAAAAUGAGUCACUGCUGUUGAUGGUGUUGGGCUUUGCCAAAUUGUUUUCAACAUCUGGGUUGUUCAUCGUGUUCCUGAUGGCCUCUGAGGUGCUGCCUACACCCAUCAGGACCUCCGGCACCGGCAUCACCAUUGUGUUCGGGAUGCUGGGCAUGGUCAUGGCGCCCCACGUGCUCCACUCUGGGCUGGGCGAGGCGGGCCCGUACUGGAUACUGCUAGGCCUGACUAUGGCCUCCGCGCUCGCCGUGAUUCCGCUGCCGGAGACGCUUGGGCUCCAGCUGCCCCAGACCUUUCAAGACGCCGAGGAGCUGGGCCAGGGUCGCCCCUUCACCUCGUGGGUCCACCACUGGAACCUACACCGAUUCCCGCAGCCGCCGCGGCCCCCACAAGAAGAGCAGAGCCAAGACUUGUAGUAGCUGUGCUGAGCCUCGAAUUUGUAGUGACAAUAAUAAUAAUAAUAAUAAUAAUAAUAAUAAUAAUAAUAAUAAUAAUAAUAAUAAUAAUAAUAAUAACUGGUAGUGCAGGCAGUUUCCUUAUUCGACAUGCCUCAUUGCACGAGUACCGGUAGCCUAUACGUUAAGUGAUUUAUACAUAAAAUAUCUCAAUAUAACCUUCAAACAAUAUGCUACUGUUACUUCUGAAGCUUUCCUCGGCAUCGUUUAGGUGUGCCGUACUAUCCUUGAGGGCGGAAGCAUGCUUGGUAAUCUCAAAGAACAUCGGCUGCAAAAAUGACUGCCCAACGUAUUAUCGUUCUUGAUUUUUUUAUUCUUUUUAAGAAAGCGGGGGGGGGGGGGGGGCCUUCACAAUUUUAUUUUAUUGUGUAUGCAUCCAAUAGGCUACGUUUUAAUCCCUUACCUGCCAUUUUUGCGCUGCCGCAAGUAGCGGCCAGCUGUAAAACUCUGGAAAAGAAGCUUCGAAAACAUUGAAACGAAUCAGUUGUGGAGACUUGCCAUUAAUUGAACGCCCGGAAAAAAAAUGACGCUUUGUGAUUGAUCAGAGCCUAGAAAUCUCCAGUAAAGAAUUACUAAAGAUACCUUUAAUUCAAAAAGGGUAUUCAUAAUAGCAUACCUGUCAAGCUACUGUGGUGUCUUGCGGUAAGAUUUUGCGUUAGAGACCAUAAGUUUGUGUAUAAAAAACGUAAGACUUAACAGGUAUGGUUCCGACGGACUCAAGCAGGGUGCACGAGGUACCUCCUCCUCUCCCCCCCCAACACACACACACACACACACACACACUAAUCGUAACAGUAACCGUUACUCGGCACACUCACAUGAAUUUAAAUAUGGCGCGUACGAUAUAUUUCAAAUUGUUUAAAACAAACAUAUUAAAAAAAAAACAUCGCAAGCGGAGAAAAAACCGUAAGAUUUUCAACUUACGCCGUAAGACUUGAAAAUCACCGAAAUUACGUAAGACACGCAAAAAACGUAAGACUUGACAGGUAUGUAAUAGGUGGAUGUAUAAUACAACGGCGCAAGCGUCGGCGCAGGAGACGACAUCACGCACACGCAGUCACACAUAGUAGUGGCGCCAGACUUCAGUAGAGGGUGAAAGAAAACAGUGUUAAAAACUAACAACAACAGAUCCGUUUAAAGUUAAUGAUGGAAAGUAAAGUUUGGGGCAUACGCUAUAGCUACGCGUCCCAUUGGCCCUCGAACCCGUGGUGGGAGAGAACCCAUUACCUCUGGAAAUCGUUGGUAAGUACAUAUUUGGCAUGUUCAAUAUCUUUAUCCUCAGAAGCUUCCCGCGGGAACUCGAAACACCCGAGCCAUCGUUGCCAACUUGCCGUGGAUCGCUGCGUGGGCUUUGAUGUUGAGGCGGUGGCGUCCAUUUAUGAUUCACAGUUCGCCAUGAUCUUGAUCUUGAUUAAUAAUGCGCAGGGCAACUAUCAGGUGCAUAACACGCAGAGGUACUUUUUCCGGACUAGUGCGAUUGCGGUAGUGCGGUCCCAUUUUUUUUCUUUCCCAGUGCGGUUCGCGGUGUGCGGUACUGCGGUAGCGGUAGUCACUAGUCAAUAUAAAAAAAUAAAAAAAUAAAAUACUUCAGUGCCUAUCCUGGCUAUCCAUUGACUAAUAACUUGUGAGAUACAAAAAAAAUAAAAAAUAAAUUAAAGGAGGACUGGGGGAGGGAGAGAGGGAUGUAAGGGAAGCAGUGGCGUAGUAAGGGGGGGGGGGGGGGGCGGUCCGCCCCGGAUGACAGCCUGAGGGGGGUGCCAUGAUACAGGCUCAAGUCUAAUGGAUAAAUUCAGUGACGUAGCUAAGGGAUGGGGUGUAUGGGUCAUAUAAGAAGACGCCCCCCAGGCCCCAACAAAGAGGCCCGCCACCCUCAGAAUGGUCCAUUUGGGAGCCCCCAUUUGUUGCCAUACUCAUUUGUAGAAGCUAGUGUGUGGGGGGAGCCCCACACGGAGACAAGACCCAAGGGCCCCCGUCCCCCAGAUCUCCUGCUAUGCCGGCAUAUAUAAUGCCGCUGUGGAUAAUGAUGGAAUUUUGAUUACCAAGCUCCAGCCACGCGUGGUACCGUGAGUGACGGCGCCUUAAUUGUAUUUUAUAUGACUGUAGCAGAUGAAUUGAUUUGUUUGUAGCAGAGAUGUUAUUUACUAUAAAGAACAUAUUUUUGCAUUAUGUUGAAGCUAAAGAACUGUACUUUAUCAUGUGAUGUUGAAAACUUGAAUGUAAAUGUUUGUUGUAGCAUGAAUCUCGCUGAACGGUAUCGUAGGUAGGUGCGAGGGGAGACGCCUAAAGUGCGUGACGGAAACAAAACAAGCUCGUCAUGGAAACAUCUUC